AUGGCUGUGACAGGUAUGAACGAUACGUGGCCUCCUCUGAGGUAGAGGCAACAUGGUGGUUCUGGCCCUGACACUCCUUGUAGAUGCAGUUGCUGUGUUCUUACUGGGCAGUGUGCUGUGGGUGAUCUGCAGACACUUAUGGACUGAACACAUCCCUGAAGGCAUCACUCACCCCAUGAGGCUGCGAGUCCUCAGUUGCCUUCUCCAGCUGUCACUGACAUGGGGAAUGCUUUUUGAGAAACUGGGACUCUGUUAUGCACCCCAGUUUGCCAGUUUUCUGCAUGAUCUGAUGCCACUCAAAAAAGAUCCUGAUGUUGUGGUCAAAGAUGUUCACUUUGAGACAAUUCCUGUGAAGCUAUACAAGCCCAAGAAACCCUCCUCCGUUCCAAGAAUUGGAAUCAUUUUCUUCCAUGGUGGUGGAACCAUCCUAGGGAGCUUAAGAACCCACCACAGCAUAUGCUUGCGUUUGUCCAAGGACUGUGACGCUGUUGUCAUUUCAGUUGGAUACAGAAAGUCUCCCAUGUACAAGUAUCCAGUGAUGAAAGAUGACUGUGUGGCCGCCACCACCCACUUUCUGAGAUCAUUGGAUGUGUAUGGAGUGGAUCCAGAUCGUUUGGUAGUCUGCGGUGACAGUGUAGGAGGGACUGCAGCCGCUGUGACUAGUCAAACAGUAGUGCACCGAAAAGAUCUCCCCCAAAUCCGGGCUCAGAUUUUGAUCUACCCCUCACUGCAACUGGUAGAUUUUGGGAGCCCUUCUUAUCAACAGAAUUUCAAUGUCCCACUGCUCACUUCGAAUCUGGCCUUGUACUGCUUCUGUUGCCACCUAGAUGUGAAGCUUUCCUGGCAAAGUGUCAUAAAGAGUGGUAGGCAUUUGCCUCCAGAAAUCUGGGAGAAAUACAGAAAGUGGUUGGGUGUAGAAAACAUCCCAGAGAGGUUUAAGAAGCAAGGCUACAAACCUAUACCUCGGGGGCCGGUGAAUAACGAGGUUUACCAAGAAAUAAAAACUGCACUGAACAACACUUGCUCACCCCUCCUCGCAGAAGACAGUUUAGUGUCUCAGCUCCCAGAAACCUGCAUUGUGAGCUGUGAGUAUGACCUUUUUCGGGACCAUUCUCUCUUAUAUAAGAAGAGGCUGGAAGCUCUAGGGGUGCCUGUGACAUGGCAUCAUAUGGAGGAUGGCUUCCAUGGAGUGCUUAACACCUUUGAGUUCGGACUUCUGAGUAUCCCUUGCUCCUUGAGAAUUAUGGACCUGAUUAUCCGGUUCAUUAAAAAAUUCUGACUCAUUCCUUCCUGGGGGUGCUUCACCAACCUAGUCUAGGCUAUAAAAUAAUACAGUGUAUGUUCUUUAUGAUGAAUAGAGAGGAGGCAGGGUGAGAAGGAUGCAGUGAGACUCUCUGUCAGGUUCACUAUUAGGGAAAAUAGACACUGACCAUCUUCAGCACCCAUUUGAAAGAAUGAACCUGUGCACGAAGCUUGUCCAUAGUCCCCUUAGUUAGAAUUCAGGCUGUGGGAGCUGGUUGGGACUGUAUGGUAGGUGUAUCUGGUUGAGUUGAUCUUGGAUGUGGCUCAGAAUGUAGAGCUUUGAUUCCAAGUCUGGCGGGUGGUAAGUGGUGAUGACAGUCUCUGGGUGCCCAGCUUGCUUGAGCUGAAAGUGACGAGACGAUGGAGACAGAUUCUCCAUGGUACAUGGCUCCUAGAGACAAGUGAAAACAGUCAAAGUUGCCUGCCUAAGAGAGCUUGGGCAUUCUAGGUAUCAGAGUGAGUUCCCAACAAAUGGCCCUAAAGAAACAUCAUAAAUAUUAAAAGACCAGAGUUAAAGGGAAGCCAAGUUCAGUGAAACUCAGACCAUGUCCACAGUGGGAAUUCUAGAGAAAGCAAAGGGAACAGAUGUAUUGUUGUGAAUUAUUUGUUCUAAGAUAAAGAAUCAAUGCAUUUGCCUCAUGCAGAUAUAAAAUGGAUUGGCAUAUGUAGCAGCAAAUGUUAGGUAUAAAUCAGGUGUGGUCUGAUGUAGGAACUCAGAAAGGACUAGUGGCUUACCCUCUGCCCUUCUCUGCUCCAGGCUGAUGUAUUUAUUCUUUAUGUGUUGGCCCUAAACAAUUCCCUGCUACGGUCUCUAAGAGCUAUGCUAACUUGUAUGGGUAUAUCCAUUUUUCCCAGCAGUUUCAACAAGAAUUUCACAGCAAUUUACUGUCUCUACUGAUUUUCUGAGCUGUGUAUGGUGGUUACAAAUAAGAGAGUGGAAAUUUCUGACUGUUCAGUCCAAGGUCUAUGCUACUCUUUGAGUAGCGUACAAAACAGCCUCCCCUGGUGUUUGGACUGAGUCAGGUUUGAAGGUAGGAGAGUAGUGAAUAUUUUCCUCGUCAAAGGCUAGAUGGAUGUUGGGUGAGCAUUAAUACUCACUUGACUAUGGAAGUGAAGUAAAGGCUGAAAUGAAUCAAGUUUCAUGGAAGUGGCACCAUGAUGACCACCUGCCCCUUGGGAGUAAAAAUUCCUUUCAAAGAGAUGACCAUGUGGUCCUCCUGUCUUCAGGAGGAUUUGUCUCUUGCUGACCAGCAACUUUCAAAGGCCAGCAUCCAAAUCCACCCACAGAGAAACCCAGACACGCCUUAACUUGUUCUCAAAUGAUUGUGUUGAAAUGAUUGUCAGAGAGGAAUUCUCAUUGGUGGCUUCUUGAGUCAUUCAUAGUUAUCCAGCAGAUGGCUUUGGUAGAAAAAUUAAGAAUUAGCCACUGAAAACAUAUAUUGUAGGAAGCAACGGAACCCCGGGAGUAUGGUUCUCUCUGAUGCAGACCUCUGAGUUGAGCUGAGUAGGUCUUCAGCCUGGAGUGAGUUUUGUGUAAUGUUACUACAGCUACAAGAUGUUGAAGGGGAUGGACUGACCUUACACAUAAAUGGGUACUUGUCUCUUUGCCAGGGAGGUGGUAAAAAACUAAUAUGCUCCUGGACGACUGUGCCUAAUGAAAAUGGCUGGGGACAUCUCAGGGCUGAGGGUGUAUUUUCACAGCUUCUCCCAACGGUAAAUCAAGAGAGAGACAAAGGACUUUUACCUUAGUAGCUGGCUGGGGUCCUCAGGAGCGAACCUGUAUACCUUUCUGUUAACCUAUUCAUUUCUUUUAUUCUUCCGACAUAUUCAUGCUAGCCA